UACCGACUGCGAGUAUAAUGAUCUCGAGCUUUGUUUUUCUCCUCAUAACCUCGAAGAAACGUAAAAUCAGAGAGCGAAGAUCGGAAAAUCAUCAUCGACUCUACAUUAGUCUCUUUGUAUUUCGCGCAAUAUUGCGAAAAUUGAGAACAAUUUGGCGCAAUUUUAGCGUCUAACGAGAGUACGAUAAAAAAUGUUAGAGAUAACAUGCAACGACCGUCUUGGUAAGAAAGUUAGAGUCAAGUGCAAUCCGGAUGACACCAUAGGGGAUCUGAAGAAAUUGAUAGCCGCCCAGACGGGAACGCACUGGGAGAAGAUUGUGUUGAAGAAGUGGUACACCAUUUUCAAAGAUCACAUAAAGCUGCAAGAUUAUGAAAUUCACGAUGGAAUGAAUUUAGAACUCUACUAUCAAUAAUUCUAAUAAAUGUAAAAUAUAUGCAUAUAAA